AUGGCUAUCUUCAUUAUUUUGUCCCUGUGUAGUGUUCUGGUGACUGGCAUGGGUAAUAGCGGGAGUGAAAAGGGAUUGGAGAGGGAAUAUGAACCCGGCCAGCCUCCCCGCUGCCCCUCUGUAUCCCCCAGUGCCCAGCCCCGGACACCUCCCAGCCAGAGCCAGCUGUUUGCGGACCUGAGCCCAGAGGAGCUGACGGCUGUGAUGAGCUUCCUGACCCAGCAGCUGGGGCCAGGCCUGGUGGACGCAGCCCAGGCCCGCCCCUCGGACAACUGCGUCUUCUCGGUGGAGCUGCAGCUGCCCCCCAAGGCUGCUGCCCUGGCCCACCUGGACAGGGGGAGUCCCCCGCCCGCCCGGGAGGCACUGGCCAUCGUCUUCUUUGGCGGACAGCCCCGGCCCAACGUGAGUGAGCUGGUGGUGGGGCCGCUGCCGCACCCUUCCUACCUGCGGGAUGUGACGGUGGAGCGUCACGGGGGCCCCCUGCCCUAUCACCGACGCCCCAUACUGAUGCGAGAGUACCAGGACAUAGACCAGCUGAUCUUCGACAGAGAGCUGCCCCAGGCUGCUGGGCUCCUCCACCACUGCUGUUUCUAUAAACGCCAAGGACGGAACCUGGUGGCGAUGAACACGGCCCCCCGUGGUAUGCAGUCAGGGGACCGGGCCACCUGGUUUGGCCUCUACUACAACAUCUCAGGGGCUGGGUUUUUCCUGCACCCCGUGGGGUUGGAGCUGCUGGUAGACCACAAGGCUCUGGAGCCUGCCCACUGGACCAUCCAGAAGGUGUUCUUUCAAGGCCGCUACUAUGAGAGUUUGGCCCAGCUGGAAGACCAGUUUGAGGCCGGCCUGGUGAAUGUGGUGCUGAUCCCAGACAACGGCACAGGUGGGUCCUGGUCCUUGAAGUCCCAGGUGCCUCGGGGUCCGAGUCCUCCUCUGCAGUUCCACCCCCAGGGCCCCCGCUUCAGUGUCCAGGGGAGUCAAGUGGCCUCCUCAUUGUGGACUUUCUCCUUUGGCCUUGGAGCUUUCAGUGGCCCAAGGAUCUUUGACAUCCGCUUCCGGGGAGAACGACUAGCUUAUGAGAUCAGUCUCCAGGAGGCCUUGGCCAUCUAUGGUGGAAAUUCUCCCUCUGCUCUUCGAAGCCGGUACACAGAUGGUGGAUUUGGUUUGGGUCACUUCUCUUCAACCCUGACCCGGGGGGUGGACUGCCCCUACCUGGCCACCUACGUGGACUGGCACUUCCUUCUGGAGUCCCAAACCCCUAAGACAAUACGUGAUGCCAUUUGUGUGUUUGAACAGAACCAGGGUCUCCCCUUGAGGCGCCACCACUCAGAUAUCUACUCCCAGUAUUUUUGGGGCCUUGCAGAGACAGUGCUGGUCCUCAGAUCUGUCUCAACCAUGCUCAACUAUGACUAUGUGUGGGAUAUGGUCUUCCACGCCAAUGGGGCCAUAGAGGUCCGACUCCAUGCCACCGGCUACAUCAGCUCAGCAUUUCUCUUUGGUGCUGCCCGAAGGUACGGGAACCAGGUUGGGGAGCACACGCUGGGCACCGUCCAUACCCACAGCGCCCACUUCAAGGUGGAUCUGGAUGUAGCAGGACUGGAGAACUGGGUCUGGGCUGAGGACACGUCCUAUGUCCCCACGGCGGUACCCUGGAGCCCCGAGCACCAGAUGCAGAGGCUGCAGGUGACCCGGAAGCUGCUGGAGACUGAGGAGCAGGCCGCCUUCCCCCUGGGAGGCACCCUACCCCGCUACGUGUACCUGGCCAGCAACCACAGCAACAAGUGGGGUCACCCGCGGGGCUACCGCAUCCAGAUGCUCAGCUUUGCUGGGGAGCCACUGCCCCAGAACAGCUCCAUGGAGAGAGCCUUCAGCUGGGGAAGGUACCAGCUGGCCGUGACCCGGCGGAAGGAAGAGGAGCCCAGCAGCACCAGCAUCUACAAUCUGAAUGACCCUUGGACUCCCACUGUGGACUUCAUUGACUUCAUCAACAACGAGACCAUUGCAGGGCAGGACUUGGUGGCCUGGGUGACAGCUGGCUUCCUGCACAUCCCACAUGCAGAAGACAUUCCCAACACGGUGACUGUGGGGAACGGUGUGGGCUUCUUCCUCCGGCCCUACAACUUCUUUGACCAGGACCCUUCCUUCGAUUCUCCUGAUUCCGUCUAUUUCCGGGGGGACCAGGAUGCUGGGGCCUGCGAGGUCAAUCCCAUGGCCUGCCUCCCUCAAGCUGCUGCCUGUGCCCCAGACCUCCCUGCCUUCUCCCACGGGGGCUUCUCUCACAGCUAG